AUGAAUAGUUCAUCACAUCAUUUUAUGCCUUUAGCAACAGAUGAAAAUUCCUUAUCAUCACCACCAAGAAAACUUGGACGAGCAGUAAGUGGAGCUUCAAUACAAACAAAUGGUUUUGAUGAAGAAACUGAUUAUGGUUCACCAUUAAGUAAUCAUACAUUACUGAAACGUUUACAUAAUCCAUUUCAAGCUCGUGUCUAUAAUUUUCUUGAACGACCAUGUGGUAUAUUCUGUUUUCUUUAUCAUUUUUCUGUUUUUAUUGUUGUUAUUGGUUGUCUUGUAUACAGUUCAAUAUUAACUGUUUAUGUUGAACAAUCUUAUGCAAUAUUAUUUUGGAUAGAAUUUAUACUUUUUAUUUUAUUUCUUAUUGAAUAUACUGUUCGUGUUUGGUCAUCCGGUUGUCGAAGUAAAUAUCGUGGUCGUCAUGGUCGUUUAUUAUUUAUGCGUAAAGCCAUGUGUAUUGUUGAUUUAUGUGUUAUUACUGGUUAUGCUAUUUUAUUAUGUAUAGGAUUAAGUAAUACACAAUUUAGUAUUGAACUUGUGCGAUAUGUUCGAAUACUUCAAAUUCUUCGUUUUCUUCAUGUUGAUCGACGUUUGACAUCAUGGCGUUUACUUGGUUCUGUUGUUUAUGAUCAUCGUUAUGAAUUAAUAGCUACACUUUAUUUUUGUUUUAUAUUCUUAAUUGUUGUUGCUUAUUUAAUUUGGUUAGUAGAAAAAGAUGAAAGUAAACCAGCUAGUGAAGAUAUGUUUCAUAGUUUUGCUGAUACACUUUGGUGGGCUAUUGUAACAAUGGCUACGAUUGGUUAUGGUGAUAAAUGUCCACGUACAUAUAUUGGCAAAAUGAUAACAUCAUGUUUAUGUAUUUGUGGUGUUGCAUUUUGGACAUUACCAUCUGGUAUUAUUGGUUCAGUUCCUGCAGCUGCUAAUUUAAUUCAAAAUUGGUGGCGUUUAGUUGCAUGUCGUCGUUCAAAUUUACCAGCCACAUGGCGUAUUUAUCGUAUUGAAACAAAACGAUCGAAUAAAUUCGGUCGUCAUCUUAGUUCAACACUUGCUAUGAAUAGUAAUAAUAGUGCAAAUGGUACACCACGUAUGCGUAGUGGACAUAAUUUACUUAAUUUUUCAUCAAGUGGUAUACCAUUAGAUAAAAUAUCUUGGCGUAAAAUUGAUAAACCUGAAGAUCUUGAUACAAAUCAACGUAUUGCUAUACGAAUGUUACGUGUUAUUAAAUAUCAUGUAGCCAAAAGAAAAUUUCGUCAAGCACAUAAACCAUAUGAUUUUAAAGAUAUUAUGGAUGAGAAUGCUCAAGGAAAUCUUAAAGUUAUGUAUACACUUGCUGAUAUACAACGACGUUUAGAUCAAACCUUAGGUUUACCAAAAGCAUAUCCACUUGUUUUAUCUGAUAAAGAUCGUGAACAACUAACGUUAAAUGCAAAAGUACAACGAUUAGAAACAAAAUUAAUUGGACUUGAAAAACAAACAAAUCGAGUUAUUUUAUUACUUGAAGAAUUAUGUAAACGUUCAAAUAAUGAAGGAACAAAUACCACAAUCAAUGGAAUAUCAGCAAAUACUGAAGAAACAACAUCGGGAUUAUGA